GGUUACGGGUGGGUGCCCACGUGACGCGGGGGACGCGCGCGCGCGCGCGCCUCUGCUGAGUGGAGCCUGGCCUAGGCCGCGCCGCGGGGUCAGCGCCUCGGGGCGAGAGACGGAGACGAAGGCUCGCGAGGAGACUCGGCCUCGGCGAUCGACUCCCUCGGGGCGAACCUCUCGCCCUCGGUGAAGAGACUCGCAAUGAUCCUCGCCGGCACUUCGAGCCUCGCCACGAAAGGCUCGCCGUGCGAGUCUCCCGCGUCCCCGCCGCUGGAACCAGACGGCCGCGCCGAAACAACGGGGAUGCUGAUGGAAGUCGAAGUGCAAGAUGCCCCCGCUGCCGACCCCGCUGCCGACCCUGCUCCCGAACCUGCUGUUACUGCCACAGUCGUGGUGGCGCAGAGCAAGCAGAAGACGCAGUACAAGCAGAAGUACACGGCGGCGUGGGAGCGCGUUCCAGCACUCAAAGGAUGGCUAUCUCCAGUUCCAGGAAACAAGUUCAUGGCUGGGUGCAGGAUAUGCAACGUGACGCUGCACGCUCGAAAAAAGGACCUGAUGGAUCAUUGCAAAACCAAGAAGCACCAGAGAUGCCAAAGCAGUAUAAGUUAUUCAGAUGUAAUUGCUCAGUUGGCUACCUAUUCAACGCUGAGCGAUGUGAAAGAUGCCGAGCUUCGCAUUGCAGCAUUCACAGCUGAGCAUUACUCCCUGCAGAGCUGUGACCAUCUGGCAGACAUGAUCUGCAAACUUGACCCACAGUCCGACACCCUCAAGUCUCUGAAGCUACACCGGACAAAGUGCACAAGGCUGAUCACCAACGUGCUCGCUCCCUCACUCCACAAGGAACUGGUCGAAGAUAUAUGCUCGUCCGCCGCAUAUUACAGCCUCAUUAUUGAUGAGCGAACAGAUGUCAGUUGUGAAAACUGCUUGUGUUUACUCAUUAAAUAUUACAGCACGAAGCAGGAAAUGAUUAUAACAACAUUUUACAGGCUUCUCACAAUGAAGUCAAGUAGUGCAGAGGAUAUCUGUAAGACCAUCAUGGAUUGUCUGCAGGAGGAUGAAUUGCCAAUUGAGCGGCUCAUUGGGGUUGGUGUUGAUGGUGCGAGCAUGGAUGUUGGAUGUGAGAAGUCUAUUUCCAUGAUCCUAAAGGAGUCUGUGGAGCAUGUUGUGGUGUUCAGAUGCAUUUGCCGAUCUCUCCAUCUAGCAGGAAGCAAGGCAUCGGAAGCACUGCCAAAUCAUCUCGAAUACUUGGUGAGGGAAACUUACAAUUGGUUUUUCCACAAUAAAAAACAUCAACUGGAGCACAAAGAUCUGUUUAAGUCGCUGAAUUCUGGAGAAAACCCUCUGAAAAUGACCCAAGCGGGGAAUGUGAGGUGGCUUGGCACAUACGAGGCAGUGUCCCACAUUGUUAGCCAUUGGGACACGCUGAGCAAAAUAUUUGAAAUGGCUAAAAUCAACGAGCGAUGCUUUCUUGCAGAACAGCUGCACCAAUUGUACUCAGACUCCUACAACAAGCAGUACCUUGUGUUCGUGAAGCACGAACUUAUGGAUCUCCAUCGCAUCAACAAAUUGUUUCAAAUGGAGAAUACGGAAGUGUCACAGCUGAAUUCUGACCUUGUAGACUAUCACUACGGUCUUUGAAGAAGCUCGUUGGUCCUCAGCAGCUGACCGAGCUCUCGCCAAUAGAAGCGCUGUCGCUGAACUUUGAGAAUUGCAUCAUGCCAAGUGCCGUGACAGCCAUUGGCAAAGGGAAGACUGAAGAAGUCACACAGCAUUGCAUGAUCUUUCUGUGUGAACUCCUCACACAAGUGAGAAUUUGUUUGCCUGAAAAUGUGGAAACAUUGCAAUUUCUGGAUUGUUGACUCCAAAAUACAGUUGCUGUGAGCUCAAAGAGUCCAUUGUGCCUCUCGCGACACGGUUCUCCUCGAUUGUGAAUCGUGUGGAUGACACAGAACUUGAGUGGAGACUCCUGCCGAUGAAAGAUUGGAGUCAGCAAACAGAAACCGUGAAGUUUUGGGCCGAGGUCUACAAUGCAGAGAAUGCAGUCGGAGAAAAGAUGUUUGUCAACAUAUCCAGUUUGGCCCUGGCCGUACUCAGUCUGCCUUUCUCCAACGUGGCAAUGGAGAGAGAAUUUUCCGUUGUCAAUAAAGUCAAAUCAAAGCAGCAGAACAGAAUGCAGACCUCCACCAUGGAAGCCAUUAUCCAAGUGAGGUGUGGACUGGCAUGGAGGCAAGAGGACUGUAGCAACUUUACCGUUACCAAAACCAUGCUGGAAAAAUUCACGAAUGACAUCGUGUACAAACCAUCAGGGAGCACCGAGGCCACGGAGAUCGUCGUGACAGAGCAGCUGUGAGCCUGGAGGUGCAAGGAGUUUCGGUGCUUGCAUAGCAGCUUUAUUUUUCAAAGAACCUUACAUCUAACCUUGCCUCUGCUUUGCUUUUUAUAGCAAGUAGUUUAUAAAGUAAUUUGCAUUCCUUAGCUAUUCUUAAAAAGAGACUCCAAAUUAGAAUUGCAUUCAUAUUACCAUUUAAGUAAACUGAUUAUCUUUUUAGGGCAGGUUAUAAUGGAACUUUAACAAAACAACAUUUUGCAUGGAUUAUGUAACAUUUCACAACAUGCGUGUUAAUUCGCCCUAUCAGUCCAGGUGCAUCCCACAUCGAAGCACGUGGCAGGGCUGGGACACUGAGCGAGUCCUGUUUGUGCCGCUUUGGGUCUCCUCGUCUUGGAAACUCUGUCCAGUGUGGUUUGUUUUUAAGAGUAAUUGUGCCACUGUUACAGACAGAUGGACAGAGCUAAUUAAUUUAUGCUUUCAGACUUGGCUGAAGAAAAGUUAAAAAGACAGCCAUACAUUUGGUGUUGUUGCCAUGUUAUUUUUUACAAUUUGAUGUUUCUUCCUUAUGACUUAUACAGCUGUGUAAAAUCAUAUUUAGUACCCGUAAAAAUAUCUCCCCACAACGCUUUGUAUGGCAUUCCAUAUAUUGCUUAUGACCAGUUUUCUGAAAUGUGUGAACUUUGUGUUCAAACGUCAAUGUAAAAAUCACUCGGUACAUUUGUCUCUUGAACUUUACUUUCGUCACAUUGUCAAGACUCGUUGCAUUAAGAAGCUUAAGCGCCUAUGUGGUAGAUGAAUCGCACCGCUGCAGCGGCACGGAUUCUUCGGUUUGUGAACACGACGAUUGCACGCGUAUAUGACGUGACCUGGCGGGUGCAGGAAGACUACAGAGAAGACUGGACGUAUGUAAAUACUUAAAGCAUCGCACAAGGGCCGUGUUUGCCAUGCAGUGGUGCAGUCUAAACCAAAUGCUCUUGAACAGAGCACAGCAAACAAUUGUACACGCAGGCUGGAUGCCUCUGCCGUUUCCAUCUGGAGUGCUAUUAAAGAGAAGCCAAUGACACGCA